AUUUCCCAUCAACGGCUACGAUACUUUACAAUAGCUCACCCACAACCUCACUACCCCACUAUAUACAUACACCAAACCCCCAUAUCCCAUCAUUCACACACUAUCUUCAUCUCUUCACAAAUCACAGGUGAUUUGAAGAAAUUUGAGAAUGUCGGGACGUGGAAAGGGAGGAAAGGGAUUGGGGAAAGGAGGAGCAAAACGACACCGUAAAGUUCUCCGUGACAACAUUCAGGGAAUCACGAAGCCUGCGAUCCGGCGUUUGGCGAGAAGGGGUGGAGUGAAGCGUAUCAGCGGGUUGAUCUACGAGGAGACUCGUGGAGUGUUGAAGAUCUUUUUGGAAAAUGUGAUCAGAGAUGCGGUUACUUACACGGAGCAUGCUCGUAGGAAGACUGUGACUGCUAUGGAUGUGGUGUAUGCGUUGAAGAGACAAGGUCGUACUCUGUAUGGGUUUGGGGGUUAGGGUUUUGAGUUUGGGAAGUCUUGACGGGUCGGGUUAUGUCGGGUCAAAAAUUAGAUAGUUGUGGGGUGUUAGGUUAGGGUUUUGAUUGCUAGUUGUUGAAAUGAAAUGUGGUUAAUAGCGUGUAUGUUUUCUAUUAAGAAGUAAUGAAGUGGUUUUUGGCUAGUCUCUGGCUUUUUAUUAA